AUGAAUAAGGCCCUGGACCAGGUUCUGCACGAGGAGCCCUUCACUCGCCAGCCAGAAGCCAUGCUGCUAUGGCUGACCCUCACCCUCCUGUGGAGCCCCACCUGCUGGGCAGGGUAGACGUACGGGCCCGGAGGAGGAUGACAUUUCAGUACCUUUAAAGACUAUGAAAAUGAAAUCACUGGGAUUCGAGUGUUUGUAGGUGCUAUCGGCAUAUUUAAGAGUCUUGGGAACAGGGGUUUACACAUUAUAGGAAUCUACGGCUCCUACAAGCUUUUCCUCCAGCACCUGGUCAUAUACACCGACUUUGAUAAGGAGGUGCUCACUGGACUCUUUGAGCAUUACAGGCUCCUGGGCAUUUCCAGUAUCGGCUUUGAGUGGGAUUAUCCUCUACACCUGCUCCACUGCCUUUCGGGAAUCGGCUUCAAGUGGGGAUUUGGCCCCGAGAAGCCGUCCGUCCAGUCGGCCCGCUGCUGUGACCAGAGAGCUGACGACCCGCGCGGGGAAGCAGCGAGGCCCAGUGCGGUCCUGAGCCGGUCUCGGGGUAGUGGCUCCAGGCGCCCCCAAGCUCCCUGGCCCCGCGCACUAUGCGAGCCUUAUAUCCUGAUGACCGGAGGUCCUGAGAACAGCGUCUCAGGACGCUGUCUCCACCACGCGUGA